GGCGCGGGGUGGCGGCCUCGUCCUUUGUCUGCGCACGGGGCAGGGCGGGGCAGGCCGCGUUGUUCCUUCCUCCUUCCCUCCCCACCCGGCGCCCCCGGGAGGAGCCCGGCUUCGGCGGUUCGGGCCCUACUGCCCGCCCCGCUCCGUGGGGGCCCCUGGUGGUGCCGCCUUCCGUACACCAGCCUCCCAGGAUAUGACCCCUGCAACUGAGGAACGUGCUGUGGAUAGCAGCUUCUCACCGAGAGCUGGAACAAGCAGACUGCAUCAGACAGUGCCCACAGAUGCAUCUCCAGACUCAAAGUGUCCAAUCUGUUUGGACAGAUUUGACAAUGUAGCCUAUUUAGAUCGUUGUCUGCAUAGGUUUUGCUUCCGCUGUGUUCAAGAGUGGUCAAAAAACAAAGCUGAAUGCCCACUCUGUAAACAGCCGUUCCAUUCUAUUAUCCACACUGUGAGAGCUGAAGAUGAUUUUAAAGAGUAUAUACUAAAGCCUUCAGAGAAUGGCUCUUUUGCUAGCCCUAAUGGACGGAGAUUUCGUUACCGCACUACCGUUACAAGGGAACAUCGUACAACUUCUUCUCAAAGGAGUUCCUCUUCUCGAAGGACGCUGUCACCCCCAGACAAUGGAAUAUUGUUUGAAGCGUUCUCAAGUCAGCCCGUGCAACAGAGAGACGUUGGGAUUCAACAGAUGAUAAGAAGGCUUGCCUCAAGGAGGCAGGCUAGUGCAGAGGGCAGGUCUCUGCGACAAAUUCAAGAACAAGAAAUAAUUAACUUCCGAAGAGCUCUCUAUCGCUCUGGUGUGCGCAUUAGAAGUGUUCAAGAUGGUGGUCGCUAUAGAGAAAUUUCAGCAGAGUUUUUCCGCAGGAACCCUGCUUGUCUUCACAGGUUAGUUCCGUGGUUGAAGCGGGAACUAACUGUCCUUUUUGGUGCCCAUGGUUCUUUAGUCAACAUUGUUCAGCACAUCAUCAUGAGUAAUGUGACUAGAUAUGAUCUGGGAAGUAAGGCCUUUGCUGAUGACUUAAAGCCUUUUUUACUCCGUCGCACUGACCACUUUUUACAUGAAUUUAUCAGUUUUGCCCGAUGCCCUUUUAACAUAGAAGCAUAUGACCAGCAUGCCAAUUAUGAUUGUCCUGCUCCUUCAUAUGAUGAAGGAAGCCACUCGGAAUCAUCAAUUAUUACAAUAUCUCCAGAUGAGGCAGAUUCCCAAGAACCAGAUCAUAACGCAUCCACAACUGGUACUGAUCAGGCCCCUUGGGAUGAUGAAACCCCAGGACCAUCAUAUUCAAGUUCAGAACAAGUUCAUGCUGCUGUGGCUUCUCCUUCUGAUACUUCAGAAAGUUCUGAUGAGGAACCUGCUCGAAAUGGAUCAGAUGCACAAGGGCAGUCACAAGCUAAUACAGAGCCAAAUGAUAUCAGUGAUGCUUCUUCAGAAAAUUGUGUCAUUGUUGGUUAUGUUAAGCCAUUAGCUGAGAGAACACCAGAACUUGUUGAGCUGUCCUCUGAUUCUGAGGAGUCAGUUGCUGAGGAGAAAAGUGAGAAUGUGAAGAAACCACAGCCUAUCCAGUUUCACAGUUUCAGUGACAGUGAAGCUAGUGGGUGCUCAUUACUGCACUCCCCAGUAUCUAAAGAUAAUAAAAGUAUCUGUAAAGGCAGCAUGUCACCCUUGAUUAAGACAGCAGAAGCGGAAAAGAGUGAGGAAGAUAAAAUAAGAGAUGCAUCUACUUGGGACUCUUUGCAGGGUUCCUCUACCAGGAAAAACAGUGUGUGCUCUCCAUGUAACCAUAGAUUAUCCAGAAAGAGGAGGUCAAGGAGUUCCGAGUCGUCUUCCCAGCACUCUCAUAGCAGAGACCGUCACAGCCAUAGAUCCAAAAGGAAACAUCGUAGCAAGGAAAGCUUAAAAAACCGAUUACCAAGAAGCAGGGAUAGUAGCGGGCAUAGAAGUAAAAGAAACAGAAGGAGAUCAAGAACUCGAGACACAAGUUUAUCCAGAAAAAGCCUGACUCUCUCUCUAAGUAGCGAGAGCACUAUAUCUAGAGGUGUUAGCAGGUCACGAUCCCGCAGUAAUGGCCAUAGUAAAAGAAGAUCCAGGAGUAGAGAGAGUGAUCACUAUUAUAUAAGAGAAAAUUACCAAAAUAGGUAUCAGUGGGGAUACACUUUCUACAGUAGACGCAUGGACAGAGAUGGCUAUGAGUCCUCAUAUAGAAGAAGGGCUCAGGCCAGAGCUCAUUAUUCAAGGCAGUCAGCAAGUCCAGAAUAUAGAAUACAGUCUUUUUCGGAAAGGACAAAUACACGAAAUCAAAGAGGACACAAUGAAAGCCAGUAUUACUGCUAUGAAAGACGCAGGUCAAGGAGUCGAUCUAGUAAUAGAUCUAGGACCACAUCUGGAGGGGCUGAUAGAAUGCGGUGUGAAAAGCCUGGUGGAAAAAGGAAAUACAAGACGCGCCACUUGGAGAGUGUGCACAAGGAGAAGGCACCAAGCCCUUCUAAAGGAGAAGGAAAUGGCCACCAGAAACCUAUGUCAAAGUACAGUGGUUGCUACCAAAAUGAGAACAGCCCUCAAGAAAACCAAGCAAGCAAUGAAACGAAGCAUAGAAAGAGAAAGAAAAAAAUCAGAAGCCCGAGUGUGGAGAUUGUAUAUGAAGGAAAGGCUACUGACACAACUAGGCAUCAUAAAAAGAAAAAGAAAAAGCACAAAAAACACAGAAGACACCAUACAGGUAAUUCAGCACCUCCUUCUCCAGUCGUGAUUACAGUUGACAGUGAUAGUGAUAAAGAGAUUGGAAUAUGUGAAACUGUGGAAUGUGACAGUAGUGUUUCUUGGACAACCAUAACUCAGUUAAACGAGCGAGAAAACGAAUCUCCAUCAUCUCUCCUGGACACAAGCAAUCAUAAGGAUGUAUAUGCAGUAACUGGUGAAACUGCAAUAUCGAACAAGGAUCGUAUUACUAACAGUAGGAAAGACCUGGCUGAUGACAUUGGAAAUGUAGAUCUCCGGCUCCAAAAAAUAUCAGAUGAGCAGACUCCUGCUGUGGCUGUUAGCAGCAGCAGUAGUUGUAGUAGUAGCAGUAGUAGUAGUAGUAGUACAUUGGGAAUUGAAACUCUGCCUAUCAAUGUUGAAACUGCACAGAUGGAAGCAUCCAGCCAUUUGCCUUCUCCCAGGACAUCAUUUGUAGAUAACUCGGGGAGGCCACCAUUAAUAUUAAGACUGCCAAAGAAACUUAUUGACAGAUCAUACUGGCUUGACACUGCAGAAAAAAAGAUGUAGCUUUUUUCACUGAGCUCUUCUUAAAAUCAUUCUUAAAAUUAUUAAUUUGCUUAGACAUAUUUUUCCCUGGAAACAAAACCCUGGUUGUGAUUUCUGUGCGAUAAGACUGUUUAGAACAUAUCUGGGACAUGUGUGAGAUCCUUGAAUGUAUGCACUUUUAAGUACAAGAAAGUAGAAUAUUGUUAGUAACUUAAAAGUUUUUCAAAAUAAACUUGUAAAUUUUAGGAGGUGUAAUUUCCUAAAGCCAUACUGUAUUCUCAUAUUAUGUAAGAUAUAGCCACAAAAUCUUUCAAUAUUGUGUCUUUUAAAAAAAAACAACCCUAAAGCCAGAACAUACAUUUUCUGCUGGUUUGUUCUUUUUAUUUUAUAAAAGAGAAAUUGUAUAAUUCACAAAAUAAAUUCAGGUUUGGUUCUGCUA